GCCUUUAUAACGAAAACCCUUUCUAUUCCCCCCUGCUGCUCUUCCCCUUCUCCCCUCAACAGCUUCCUCCUCUCUUCGCCCCUCCCUAAACCCUAGCCUAGGGAUCCCAAAUCCGUUUUCUUCUGGGCGAUCGCCGCAGCGAUCUGACCCUUCGUCGGUCCACCGGCGCCGGAGCCGCUGUGCUGCAUCACCAUGGUUGUCCCGCGCGCCCCCGAGCUGCCACAGCAGGACCAGGAUGAGGAGAUGCUUGUCCCGCAUCAGGAUGUCGUCGAGGGUCCGCAGCAGGAUGUCGUCGAGGGUCCGCAGCAGCAUGUCGUCGAGGGUCCCCAGCCGAUGGAAGAAUCUGCAUCCACCGUUGAAAACCAACUCAUGCCAGAUCCCUCUACAUCCAGAUUUACAUGGUCCAUUGAAAAUUUCUCCAAACGCAAUGUUAGAAAGCAUUACUCUGAUGAUUUUGUCGUCGGAGGAUACAAAUGGCGAGUGCUAGUCUUUCCUAGAGGAAAUAACACAGAUUACCUUUCAAUGUACUUGGAUGUUGCUGAUUCACACUUGCUGCCUCCUGGCUGGAGUAGGUAUGCACAAUUCAGUCUUGCUGUGGUAAACCAAUUAGACAGCAAAAUGUCGAUGAGAAAAGAAGCAACACAUCAAUUCAAUGCCCGCGAAAGUGAUUGGGGUUUUACAUCUUUUAUGCCUUUGAUGGAUCUAUAUGAUUUUAGUAAAGGAUAUGUUGUUAAUGAUAAAUGCAUUAUUGAAGCUGAGGUUGCUGUGCGUAAAAUUUUUGAUUUCUGGAACUAUGACUCCAAAAAGAUGACCGGUUAUGUUGGCCUGAAGAAUCAAGGAGCUACCUGUUACAUGAACUCUCUUCUUCAGACUUUGUAUCACAUUCCCUACUUUCGGAAGGCUGUAUAUCAUAUGCCUACUACAGAGAAUGAUACACCUUCAGGGAGCAUUCCAUUGGCUUUGCAAAGUCUUUUUUACAAACUUCAGCAUAGCGACAAUAGUGUUGCUACGAAAGAGCUCACCAAAUCUUUUGGAUGGGAUAGCUAUGAUUCAUUCACGCAGCAUGAUGUUCAAGAAUUGAAUAGGGUUCUCUGUGAAAAGCUGGAGAACAAGAUGAAGGGAACCACUGUGGAAGGAGCAAUACAAAAAUUAUUUGAGGGUCACCAUAUGAAUUAUAUCGAGUGUAUUAGUGUUGACUACAAAUCUACCAGGAAAGAGUCAUUCUAUGAUCUUGCACUUGAUGUCAAGGGAUGUUCUGAUGUCUAUGCAUCAUUUGAUAAGUAUGUUGCAGUGGAGAGAUUAGAAGGCGAUAAUAAGUACCAAUCUGAGGAACAUGGUCUGCAGGAUGCCAAGAAAGGGAUGCUUUUUAUUGACUUCCCUCCAGUCUUGCAACUUCAGUUAAAACGGUUUGAAUACGAUUUUGUGCGGGAUGCAAUGGUUAAGAUAAACGACCGCUAUGAGUUCCCACUUCAAUUGGAUCUUGACAAAGAUGAUGGAAAAUAUCUUUCUCCAGAAGCGGAUAGAAGUGUGCGUAACUUAUAUACUCUUCACAGUGUACUAGUUCAUAGUGGUGGAGUUCAUGGAGGACACUACUAUGCCUUCAUUCGCCCGGCGCUGUCUGAUCAAUGGUACAAGUUCGAUGAUGAACGGGUGACAAAAGAAGACAUGAAGCGGGCGUUAGAGGAACAAUACGGUGGUGAAGAAGAGCUCCCCCAUACCAACCCUGGACUGAAUACUACACCACUGCGAUUUACUAAGCAUUCAAAUGCUUACAUGCUUGUUUACAUUCGAGAAAGUGAUAAAGAGAAAAUUAUCUGUGAUUUGGAUGAGGAAGACAUAUCAGAACACCUUAAGGUUAGGUUAAGAAAGGAACAGGAAGAGAAGGAAUACAAGAAAAAGGAGAAAGCUGAGGCUCACAUGUUCACUGCAUUGAAGGUGGCCCGAGAUUCUGAUUUGAAAGAGCAAAUUGGAAGACAUGUGCACUUUGAUCUCGUGGACUUUGACAAGAUUAAUAGCUACCGUGCACCUAAGGACAUCUCAAUCAACGACGUCAAGGUGGAGCUUUCAAAAGAAUUUGGCAUCCCGGUAGAAUCCCAACGAUUUUGGGUGUGGGCUAAGCGGCAGAACAACACCUAUAGGCCCAGUCGGCCAUUGGACUUGCAGGAGGAAAAAACUGCUAUUGGCAUGCUUAAAGAUGCAAUAACUGUAACCAAAUUACAGACUUCUGAAGUAAGGCUGUUCUUGGAGGUUCAUUUCAGACAGGAGAAUCAACCAAUUGUUCCUCCUGUGAAGACUAAAGAAGAUAUAUUACUUUUCUUCAAGCUCUAUGAUCCUGAAAAGGAGUACCUAAGAUAUGUCGGAAGUUUUUUUGUGAAAGCAUCAGGAAAACCAUCUGAUAUAGUUGAAAGGCUGAAUGAGAUUGCUGGAUUUCCAUCUGAUGAAGAUAUUGAGCUUUAUGAGGAAAUAAAGUUUGAACCAAUUGUGAUGUGCGAACCAAUUGGAAGUAAUGUUUCUUUCCAUUCAAGCCAGAUUGAAGAUGGUGAUAUAAUAUGUUACCAAAAACGCUGUUUGCCAGAUAAAAUGGAUCAAUAUCGCUAUCCUACUGUCUCUUCUUUCUUUGAAUAUAUUCAUAAUAAACAGGUUGUCCAUUUCAGAUUGCUUGAGAAGCCAAAAGAAGAUGACUUUUCUUUGGAGCUUUCAAAGCGUUUCACAUAUGAUGAUGUUGUUGAGAAGGUUGCUCAUCAACUUGGUCUGGACGAACCUUCUAAAAUUCGGCUUACUCAACACAAUCCAUUUUCUCAUCAACCGAAACCUCACCAUAUCAAAUACAGAGGUGUUAAUUAUCUUUCGGACAUGCUACAGCAUCACACUCAGAUGUGUGACAUAUUAUAUUAUGAGACACUGGACAUUCCAUUGCCUGAACUGGAAGGUCUGAAAACACUUAGAGUUGCUUUUCAAAAUGCUACAAACUAUGAGGUGUCAUUUCACAUCAUGCGGUUACCAAAAAGUAACACUCUUUUUGAUUUGAUUGAAGACUUAAAGUCUAAGGUUGAACUUUCUUGUAAUGACGCUGAAUUCCGGCUUUUCGAAGUCUACCUUCACAAGAUAUGCAAGGUGUAUCAGCCAGGAGAUACGAUUGAUUCAGUUAGUGACCAAUAUGGACCCCUUCGUAUUGAAGAGGUUCCUGAGGAAGAGAAAAAUGCUGGGCCUCGAGACCGUUUGGUUCAUGUCUAUCACUUCUUCAAAGAUAAUCAUCAUAAUCAAUAUUUUGGAGAACCUUUCUUCUUUUUAAUUCGUGAUGGUGAGGCUUUGGCGGAUAUCAAAGUGCGGAUUCAGAAGAGACUCCAAAUCCCUGAUGAGCAGUUUCUAAAGUGGAAAUUUGCUUGUGUUACAUACAGUCGGACAGAAUACCUCCAAGAUUCAGAUGUUGUAUUGAGCCGAUUCCAGAAACAGAAACCUGUUUAUGGGCCGUGGGAACAUCAUCUUGGAUUGGAGCAUACAGCCACUACCCCAAAAAGGUCUUUCUUAGCCAGUCAGCAAUUGCAGAACCGUCAUUCUUUUGAGAAGCCAGUGAAGAUUUACAACUAAAGUUGGCAAUAUUUUUUCGUGGUAGAAUGAUGAACUGGAUAUGAGGGCGCUGUCUUGUUCCAAAAGCAAUAGCUUUAUGUUUUUGGUCAUGUACAGGGUGGAGGCUUUUGCAUGAGUAGAUCUGUGGCCAGUUUAUCUAAAGAAUUUUCAUUGGGUGGAUGUACAGGCUCUUAUAGCAACUUUUCCUUGUAGGAAGUUUCUGGAAGCUGUAUAUCGGGGUCGAUUACAAUGUUUUUUUGUGUGUGUUCCCUUGCAGUGCUGUGGGAAGCUGUUAACAUUAGCCUCAAGGAAGAUGGAACCUGUUUCAGGUCUAAAUACAAUUGAUUGGGUGUUGUCUGUUGUUUUUAUCGUAUGUCAGUAUGUCACUCUUCUGGCA